AACGGAACGUGGCCAGAACUUGAUAAGGGAUUGAUAAGGUUUAGCUAUGGUUCCGGAAGAACCUUGGUCCCCUACUUUUCUUAUAGGUACCUACCUAUCACUGGCUGUAAUUUAAUGCGACGGAUUCUCUAUUAUUCUUCUUGGACUGCUUGUCGCUUCUACGCUUCUACGCAUUCUGACAUAAAGAGUUCUCUUCUCGUCUUGUUCUGCUAGCCCAAUCAAUCCCUUUCCUUUAAUUCAUCAAAUUGUCCUGCGCAUACCUGCGACUCUAAUCAAAAUGGCUAUCCUCAGUCCUCAAGUAACUAACAUUAUCAUCAUCCUUGGGAUGAUGCAAGUAUCCAAGAAGAUCCCGUUCGAAGAUCCCGACGUCCUCAACAUGGUUCGCGGGCUCUACGUCGCCAGCAAUGUUAUCAUUGCUUGCAUCUACGUAUAUAUCCAAUUCCAGAUUAACAAGAAAAAGGAUCUUACAACACUCAAAUAUGUUGAACCCGCUCCGAUGGGAUCUUCGGAGGAAGGCAAGCUUGUGACCACCACCGUCCAGGCUUACGACACGCAACAAUUGAAGAACUCCUUCCGAUCGCAAAUCAUGGGUCUUGCGAUGAUGAGCUUCAUGCACCUGUACAUGAAGUACACCAACCCGCUUUUGAUCCAGUCCAUCAUCCCGUUCAAGAGCGCCCUCGAGUCCAACCUAGCUAAGAUUCACCUCUUCGGCCAGCCGGCGAGCGGAGAUCUCAAACGACCCUUCAAGCAACCUGCUGGACUUAUGAGCGGUCUCCAGAGUGGCCCUGCGCAGAGCGACAAGAAGGCCGUUGAAGCGGCCGAACGUGCCGGCCGGGGUGGUGUUAAGGACGAGUAACGACGUUAUCAGUGACUUAUUAUAUUCAUCUCAGAAGAGGUUUAAUGAAGGCACGUGCAGCAUAAUUUUGACGCUGUGAGCGAAGGAGAUUAUGGAUGUCUAAUCACCACCAUAGAGAGGAUUCAUAUUGCAAAUAUAUGAACUUGCAUAAUUCUUGCAUAGGACGUAUUUCAUGUUGCGCACAUUCAGUUUUGGUGAUUGGAACUUCAAUGUUUGACGCACUUGUGAAGGUAUACAUGGUACCUGAUACGUACAAUGUACAAGCUCCGGGUUGUCCGGGGUGGCGUAUUAGACCGUUUUCCACCCCCCCGACGUCACUGGCUUACAUGAUUAUGUAUUAAUUGAACCCUUGA